CUUAUAAAAGAAACUCGAGGCGACAGAGACGUUAGAAGGUACUGCAGCGGUUUGGGCGUCGUGACCUCCUUGUUUCUUGUGAACCUGACCUUACCCCAGCGAGCGUCUUGAAGAAGGAAAGAUGAAAAAGCUACUACUGGCGUUCCUUUGUGUGGUUGCUGCAGGUGUGCAGGGAACCACGGACGGUCCAGCGGAGUACCCUGAGCUGCUCACUUCCCGCCAGCCCCGUGCCACCAUCUUCGUCCCACGCACGCCACAAGAGUUCGGUGCCCCGGCAGUGUUGCGGAACAAUGAAGUGUGUGGCAUCCGUCGCAGCGCUGUGCCGGACAUCUUCACCAGGAUCGUGGGCGGUUCACCUGCGGAGAAGAACGAGUUUCCGUGGCAAGUGUCGCUGCAAUUUGUCAGCAACUGGUACAGCUAUCACAUCUGCGGCGCCACCGUGGUCGACCAGCGCUGGGUGUUGACCGCCGCACAUUGCACCCAUAACAUGAAGACCGACCAGCUUCUCGUGGUGGCCGGCGAACACCAUCUCAAGCGUCGACAUGGGGAUGAGCAAAGUCGCUCCAUCGAGACCAUUGUCGAACACCCACAGUACAACGUAGAAACGCAAGAAUACGACAUCGCCCUCCUGAAGCUCACAAGACCUCUAGUGCUGGAUGGCGUCACCGUCGCCCCAAUUUGCCUGCCGCCCUACCUCAAUAGUUUUACAAGAAACGGCGUUGUGACAGGCUGGGGCAACACGAAGGAGGAUGGCGAGAGUUCUGACGUGCUGAUGAAGGUGGUUGUACCCAUCAUCAGUGACAACCAGUGUCAGCAGAGCUACCGCGCUAUUGGGUACACUGGGCCCAUCACCAACAAUAUGAUCUGCGCCGGGUAUUCCUCGGGGGGCAAGGACGCCUGUCAGGGUGACUCAGGUGGCCCCUUCGUGUGCCUGGGUCCUGACAACCGGUACUACCUGGCGGGCGUGGUGUCCUGGGGCAUCGGUUGCGCCAAGCCUAACGUGCCCGGAGUAUACACAGAGGUGAGUCACUUUGUGCCUUGGAUCAGUGACGUCAUCAGCAACCGCAUAUCAUUUCGCCCUCGCCCCAUAAGCAUGCGGUUCGCUUCCUUUGGCGAGGAGGCUCAGAAGGAAGAGGAGGAGGCUACCACAGACCAGCAACAGCAGACUAACGCCCAACAGGGAGAUGAAACUCAGAACGAAGAGAUAACUGCAGAGACGGACACCGGAUUCCUGGCCACAAAUCCUUACGUGCGUCAUGUAAAUGAAGCAACGCAAAACGAAGAGAUUGAAGUGGAGAGGGGCACCUCAACCCACCCCACAAGUACCUACGUACAUUAAGAAGACCCUAAAAUAAAGGAAGACACUAAGGUAGACAUGGACUCGAUGACCUUUGCUCCACAUCCCACGAACUUAAAUGAAAAUGAAGAAUGUAGAAUGGAUGAAGAUGUAGAAUACGGCUCCAUAAUCCACACGACAAGUAUACCUACUUCGGGCAUUAAGAGGAAUGUUUUGUAAAGAAAUAACAGCUUAACAAAAAAAACUGAGAAUUCAACAAAGAACACCGUGAUCUAUCCUAUAAUAAUCUAUGGGCAUUAAGAGUAGUUUAGAGUAAGGGAUGAAAAUCAGAAGUACAUACCAGCAGUUACAGGAAUGUCAAGAGAAGAAACAACACAGAACUAAGAGGCUGACAUGGAAAGGGGUACUCCACAAGUAUACCCACGGGCAGUAACAGCAGCUAGUGGUGUCAUAUUACAUUACAUUUUGAAAAAGAGUAAUGUCAGCAUUUGGGACCCACUACUUAGUGUCCUAUUAGGUUGCAGUGUGUGUGGUUUGGGGAGUGGAAAUUGCCGUGACAUUCAUCUUGUCACCUUAUUCCAUAGUGUACAUUUAAGCUGGUGGCAGGAGCCCAAAGACAUUUUUGCCAUUUGGACAGUAUAUAGGAUAUUUGUCAAUCAGCAUGUCUCCCUCAUAGUCGAAAUUGGAAUAUAUUACAGUGUAAGUAUAGUAGCCCUUCAAGGAGUGGGUUUAUUUUUUGUUGAUGCCAAGUUAUAAAACUGAGAAGUCAGUGAUAACGGUAAUUAUAUGUGCAGGAUUUGUAAAAGAGGAGAUACAGCACGGUGCAUAAACCUGGUAUAUGAAAACAAUUUUAUGAUAAAUUGUUCGUGUAUAAUGUGUGUUCCGUAAGCCUUAAAAAACGUUUUAUGAAUAUUAAUCAUUAGUCUGAUAAACUUUUGGAAAUA